CUUAUUAGUUUUAAUAUGGCGGCAAAAUCAACCAACUUCCAUCUUCCAAACGAAACCAAUUUUCCUAAAAAACCAAAAAUGUUAUCCCUAAAUCUCUCACCAACAACCCCAUAUUCUCUCCUAAAAUCAAACACUCAAAAACCCACGAGUCAAUUAUUCUUACAAUUGAAUCCAUCAAUUACAUGCUCUUCAAGUGGAUUGAAAUUCCAGAAGGUUCCGAUUGUGUCCGCUUCGGUGGCUUCAACUCCGGUGGUGGAGGAGGAAGUAGAGCUGCCGAACGGGUUGCAGCGGGAAACGAUGCCGCGACAUGUAGCAGUGAUAAUGGAUGGGAAUGUAAGAUGGGCUCGACAAAGAGGAUUGCCUGGUGGUGCUGGGCAUGAAGCAGGGGUUAGAUCGUUAAGGCAAAUGGUGGAAUUGUGUAGGAAAUGGGGUGUUAAAGUUCUCACUGUUUUUGCCUUCUCUUAUGAUAAUUGGGUCCGACCACAAGUAGAAGUUGAGUUUUUAAUGAGCUUGUUCGAGAGAGGAAUUAAAUCAGAAUUAGACAACUUUAUCAGGCAAGGAAUCAAGAUAUCAGUAAUAGGAGACUCAACAAAACUGCCAAAAACCUUACAGAAACUGAUAGCGGAUGCAGAAGAAACAACCAAAGAUUUCACAAACUUCCAACUGAUUGUUGCAGUUAGUUAUAGUGGCAAGUAUGAUAUCAUACAAGCGUGUAAGAAUAUCGCACAGAAAGUGAAAGACGGAGCAGUGGAAGUCGAUCAAAUCAACGAACAAUUGAUCGAACAAGAACUCGAGACUAAUUGUACAGAGUAUCCUUACCCAGAUUUGCUGAUAAGAACCAGCGGAGAGUUGAGAGUCAGUAACUUCUUACUGUGGCAAUUGGCUUACACUGAGCUGUUCUUUGUAAGGGCUCUUUGGCCUGAUUUCGGAAAGGAUGAGUUUGUCGAGGCCUUGCAGUCGUAUCAGCAAAGGAAUCGACGUUAUGGUGGACGUGAUGUGCAACAAUCUAUGAGGUAAAAAACAAUGGUUGCAGAGAAGAUUAUUACUCCACUACAUAACUUAUACAGCAUGCAGACUGAUCAAUCCAUGUUCAGAACAAAUAAAUUUUGUACUUCUUGUUAAUUUCUCCUUAGUUAGAACGAAAUUCUUAUGUAUAUAAGUGUAUGACAUGAUAACAGGAAACUGUAUUGCUAGCCUGCUAUAGAGAGACUUCACCUAUAGCAGAUAUGAGGGUUAUUCAAAAUUUGAUAAUGAUUAUAAUAAAUUUACCAGCAUAUUAAAGCAUUACAUUGUUGUUA